GAAUCUAGCACUGAUCAUAUCACUGAGAAACAAUACCUACUAACCGUCCGACAACACAUAGCUGCUCAUAAGGAACUUGAGGAUCAUAAAAUCUUAUUUAUUACCCAUUUAGAUCAAUCCUACUUACAGUGUCAUUCAGAUUACAAAACUCAAUCAGAAAAACUACCAUCUUUCGAUAAUUUUUAG